AUGAGGCUACUGAACUACUUGGGGCAAUGGAGAAGCGUAGCAAAGGAAGCGAAGGAUCUCACAGUAACUGUAGCGAAGUUCAUGGGUUUGCUCCACGUCACCGACGCCUACCUCUGCUCCUCCACUCUUGUCUACGGUCCUAGUAUGCUCCCUACCUUGAACAUUUCUGGCGAUGUGCUCCUGUCCGAACACGUGUCCCAUCGCUUUGGGAAGGUGGGUGCCGGAGAUUUGGUCCUGGUUCGGUCUCCGAAUGACCCUCGAAAGAUUGUGACCAAGCGUAUUUUAGGCAUGGAGGGUGAUCAAGUCACCUUCUUUGUCGAUCCCAAGCACAGUGACAGGUCUCGGACUACUGUGGUGCCUAAGGGGCAUGUUUGGAUUCAGGGGGAUAACAUCUAUUCCUCCUUUGAUUCUCGAACAUAUGGAGCUGUACCUUAUGGUCUUAUUCAAGGCAAAGUGUUUUGCAGGGUGUGGCCACCUGAUGGCUUUGGAUCAUUGGAUUGA